UUUGACUUACUUGCAUGUUGCAACUGCUUAGUGUCCUAAUCUUGUGGACCAACAAAUUGUCAAUUUGUUCCUGGUUAAUGUUUACCAUGGAUUGUGUAUUUGUCAUUAGUUAACACAAGCUCUAAAGUGCUCUCCUUUUGAUAUGAUAGCCCAUUCCAGCUCAACCACCAUGAGAAAGCUAUUUCUAAUUGCAGGUCUCUGUCUUUCCUUUGGCAGUUUGGUGUCAUCCACCAGACUGGUGUGUUAUUUCACUAACUGGUCCCAAUACCGUCCUGGCAAUGGGAAGUUCAUGCCUCACGAUAUUGAUCCAAACCUGUGUACCCACUUGAUCUAUGCCUUUUCUGCUAUUAACAAGGCAAACGAGUUGGUCACCAUAGAAUGGAAUGAUGAUGAACACUAUAAAUUAUUUAAUGGACUCAAACAGAGGAAUCCAAAUCUUAAAACACUGUUGGCAGUCGGAGGCUGGAACUUUGGAACACAACAAUUUACAACAAUGGUUUCAACACAAGCCAACAGAAAUACAUUCAUCCAAUCUUCUAUCAAACUACUGAGGAAAUAUAGUUUUGAUGGAUUUGAUUUGGACUGGGAAUACCCUGCUGGAAGAGGAAGUCCUCUGGAGGACAAACAGAGAUUCACAGUGUUAUGCAAGGAACUCCUAGAGGCCUAUCAGUCUGAGGGAAGUGCAACUGGCCGGCCCAGAUUAUUGGUUUCUGCUGCUGUGGCUGCUGGGAAAGGAACCAUUGAUGCUGGUUAUGAAAUCGCAGAGAUUGCAAAGUACCUGGACUUUAUCAAUGUGAUGACGUAUGACUUUCAUGGCACCUGGGAGACUGUGACAGGACACAACAGCCCCUUAUACAAGGCAGCCCACGAAACAGGGGACCAAGUUUACUUAAAUACUGACUAUUCCAUGAGAUAUUGGCGAGACAAGGGAACACCUGUAGAAAAGCUAAAUAUGGGCUUUGCUAUAUACGGAAGAACAUUUCAGCUGUCUAGUCAAUCCAGUCUGGUUGGAGCACCAGCCAGUGGUCCAGCUGCUGCGGGUGCUUUUACAAGAGAGCCUGGCAUCUGGUCCUAUUAUGAGGUGAAACUGGCAAUGACUCAUUGAAUUUAACUCUGUCUGUGUUUUAUUAGU